AGGACACUUCCUUUCUACUUUGGGAGGCUAGCUUUCUCAGUGAUAGAUUUACUGGGGAUAAUUACUGUUAUGUGUCAAGUUUAAUGGAAGGUGUUUGCCAUAUCCAUACUAGUCUUGGCAAUUAUUGUAUGGUACCAGAGGUACUAUAUAGAGACAGCAAGAGAGUUGGCCCGUCUGGUAGGUGUUCAAAAAGCUCCAAUCAUAAACCAUUUUGCAGAGUCUAUCUCUGGGGCAUCCACUAUAAGAGCAUUUGAUCAAGAAGGUCACUUCAUAAAUACCAAUCUCACUUUACUUGACGAUUAUUCACGAGUCCGAUUCCACAGCUCUGCAUCUCAGGAAUGGCUUGGCCUUCGAAUGAACUUGCUAUCAAACUUCAUAUUUUCUUCUUGUUUGCUAUUUCUGUUGAACUUUCCCAAGGGCGCUGUUGAUCCAAGUGUUGCAGGGCUAGCUGUAACAUAUGGAUUGAAUCUGACAGCAUUGCAAUUUUUGGUGAUAUACAACCUAUGCUAUGUGGAAAACACAAUAAUUUCUGUGGAGAGAAUCUUGCAAUAUUGUAAAAUUCCAAGUGAGGCUCCAUUACUCAUCGAAGAAAAUCGGCCAAACUGUGAUUGGCCAUCAAAUGGAACAGUAGAUUUUGACAAUUUACAUGUCCGCUAUGGGGCACAUCUACCAAUCAUCUUAAAAGGCAUCACAUGUAGCUUUCCAGGUGGGAAGGAGGUGGGGAUUGUGGGUCGUACUGGUAGCGGCAAAUCUACUCUCAUCCAAGCCCUGUUUCGCAUUGUAGAACCUGCAUGGGGAAAAAUUAUGAUUGAUGGUCUUGAUAUCACAAAAGUGGGCCUGCACGAUCUCCGGUCCAGGAUAAGUAUAAUUCCUCAGGAACCGGUAAUGUUCGAGGGAUCCAUACGGGUGAAUCUAGACCCACUUGAAGAGCACUCUGACACUGAAAUUUGGGAGGCUUUGAGAAAAUGCCAACUCAAAAGAGCUGUCCAUGCAGAGGAGGGAAAAUUGAAUUCGAAGGUGAGUGAGAAUGGAGAAAACUGGAGUAUGGGUCAGCGGCAGCUUAUGUGUUUAGGAAGGGUUCUUCUAAAGAAAAAUCGUAUACUGGUGCUGGAUGAAGCUACAGCUUCAAUAGACACUGAAACAGAUUUUCUUAUUCACGAGACAGUUCGUAGAGAGUAUGCUGAAUGCACAGUUAUUACUAUAGCACAUCGAAUCUUUACUGUAAUGGACUCUGACUUGGUUCUAGUGCUCAAUGAAGGCAGAAUUGUGGAAUAUGAUUCUCCAUCUCAACUUCUCCAACAGAGUUCAUUUUUUAUGAAGCUUGUAGAAAGGUACACUGGCAGAUCAAGUGACACAUCAGACAUGAGCUGAAAUCUCAAUUACUGGGCAAUUUAAGUGUGUUGGAUAUCUCCUGGUCCAAAGUGUUCCAUGGCAAGAUCUCUAUUUGCUAUAUGGAAUAGCAUUAGUUAUUC